AUGUCGACGGGCCUCGCAUCGCUCGCAGGCUACGGGAGCGACUCUGACGAGGAGGAGACCACGCCGGUGCUCCCGCCUGCACCCGCCGCUUCAUCCUCGCGCCUCACUUCGCUGCUUCCUCCACCAAAGUCGACGUCGCUCGCCGCCAAGCUUCCGGCGCCCUCCAGUGCAGCCGGCAACCCGAAAUACAGUGGAAGUUCGCUGUCCUUGCCGCCGCCCUCCGCUUCUUCAUCGACAGCGAAGCGCAAGGUUAUCAAGGUUGGCUCGCUCGCUUCGCUCGACGACGGCGAUGACGAUGGCGAACCGGACAUCGUUGCCUCGGGUGCCAAGAAGCCUCGACUUGGAAUGGCCGCAUCAGGUUCAGCUUCCUCCAAGCAUUCGCUGUUUGGCAUGCUGCCAGCUCCUAAGCGUAUGGACGACGAGGUGCUCGCAGAGAGGAAGAAGGAAGCGCAACAAAGGAAGGCGGACAGGCUUGCGGAAGAGUCCGAGGCAGCGCCCAUCGUUGCGGUGCCGAUCCAGACGCAAGAUGACUCUGUUCGAAGUCCGUCGCCAGGAGCAAUGAUGCCGCAGGUCGUAGAGGAGUCGACCCAGGAUUCAGAUUCCAAACCAAAAGGCAAGAGCAACGACGCUUUCCGAGCCAUGCUUGGGCUCAAGCCGGCCGCCAAGCCGCCAUCCACACAGCCUUCGCAAGAGCCAGCGCGGUCCAAACCUGUCACGGGCAAUCAGCUGCCACCACCACGACCGAAGCAGCCCGGUACAGUGCCAGAUCCUGGCGCGUCGGUUGCAAAGGUCGAGGCUGCGCCGCUCGACUUUUUUUCGCUCGAGGCCAAGCCCCCUGCAAAGUCGUCGGCGACGCAAUUCGGAAACUCGUUCAUGAUCUCUGCCGCACCCAGCAUCGAUCAGCCGUCCGAGCCGGAUGAACCCGCCGCACAAACCCCGCUAGACGAAUAUCCAGGGUGGCAGCUCGACACCGAUGGGUCGUGGGUGCCCGUCACGCCCGAGGCACAUGCCCAGCUGGCUGCGUACGAGCAGUCGCUUGCACCGCCGCCCACAGCCACGUCCAAGGGCGCAGCCAACCUCGACGGCACACGCGAUCUGCUUGCUGCGGGCCUCACUCCUGACGACAUUCGCGCAUUCGACGCGUCAGCUGCUGCCAGGGAUGCGUAUUCCCGUGGCGGGGACGACGACGCGGACGCUGACAAGUACGCAGCAGCCGCAGAGUUCGCAGCGGGUAACCGAGAUGCGAUGGCACAGAGGAAGCCCGGCAUGCUCAAGGGGCUCAAGAAGGGUCAGCUCAGCAGUCUUAUCAGUCUGGCCGACGAGAACAGGAGCAAGGCCGAGGAGAAGUGGAAGAGAGGCAGAGAUGCCAGGGCGAGAAGGGCGAAUCAGUACGGGUUUUAG